AUGAAAUUAGUCAAGCAGAUACUUGGCGAGAAACUUUUCACAAAGCUUAUGAAGUCUACAUUUUACGGUCACUUUGUCGCCGGCGAAGACGAGGUGCAGAUCACUCCUGUCCUGGAUAGGCUACGGCAGUUCGGUGUGAAACCGAUUCUCGAUUACUCCGUCGAAGAGGAUAUCUCUCAAGAAGAAGCAGAACGACGUGAACUACAAAGUUCCGUGUCUGAAGCUGGGGACGAAACAAGGGAAGGUCCUCUCAAGAAGUAUCACGUUACAAAACCGUUCGCGGAUCGACGGUACAAAGUGUCUUCAGCAAGAACGUACUUCUACCUGAACGAAGCUUCCUGCGAACGAAACAUGGACAUAUUUAUUAGAUGCCUCGAAUCCGUUGCAAGUGCUUCAAUGGGCGUUGGCAUAACAGCUAUUAAAUUAACAGCUCUUGGUCGGCCACAACUUUUGCUCCAGCUAUCAGAAGUAAUUAUGCGGGCACGGCAAUACAUGUCUGACGUUGUUGGUGGUGAAGGUGCUGUAUUGACCCAUCACGCGAAACCAGACGACUUCAUGAGAAAGUUUGAGGAAGCACACAUCAGAGAUGCAGCGACAGUACAAAAGUUUCUUCAGAAAAUUCAGUCCGAUAAGGAGGGCGUCAUUCACUUGUUCCCAUGGAGCGGUAUCCUCGAUGAGAAUUAUGAACUCAGUGAAACUUUCCAAGUACCUGAUAUUAAAACAGGGAAGAUGGUGAGGUUGAUGUCGCAGUUAACGUCAAAAGAAGAAGAAAUGUUCAGAAACAUGAUCAGGCGUCUAAAUAAUAUAGUUUCGGUGGCUGAUAAGUUAAACGUGCGUAUAAUGAUAGACGCCGAACAGACGUAUUUUCAACCAGCAAUUUCGCGAUUGACGUUGGAGAUGAUGCGCAAGUACAAUACAGAUAAGGCUGUGGUGUUUAAUACCUAUCAGACAUACUUACAAGAAGCUUAUAACGAGGUGAAAACGGACCUCGAACAAGCCGAACGGCAGAAUUUCUACUUCGGUGCUAAACUUGUUCGCGGAGCUUACAUUGAGCAGGAGAGAGCAAGAGCAGCGGCCAUGGGAUAUCCUGAUCCAACAAAUCCUACAUAUGAGGCUACAACUGAGUCCUAUCAUAAAACACUUAUGGAAUGUUUAAGGCGAAUGAAACAGUACAAAGAUAAAGGCGAGGAUCCUAAAAAAAUUGGAAUUAUGGUAGCAUCUCAUAAUGAGGACACAGUACGCUUUGCUAUUGAGAAAAUGAAGGAGAUAGGAAUCUCACCGGAGGAUAAAGUAAUCUGUUUCGGCCAAUUGUUGGGAAUGUGUGACUACAUAACAUUUCCGUUAGGUCAAUCCGGGUAUUCUGCAUACAAAUAUAUUCCUUAUGGUCCAGUCAAAGAAGUAUUACCUUAUCUUUCUCGGCGAGCACAAGAGAAUAGAGGCAUACUUAAGAAAAUCAAGAAGGAAAAAAGUUUAUUAUUAGCUGAAAUUAUGAGACGUUUUGUGCGCGGCGAGAUAUUUUACAAACCGAAGGGAAACUACACUCCUGUCUGA